AUGGUUGAAAAGGCUGAAGAGGCCGCCGCGCCGUAUCCUCUCCCCCGCGUGACUAUCAAGUUCUGCACGCAGUGCAAAUGGAUGCUGAGAGCCGCAUACUUCGCCCAAGAGCUCCUCUCGACAUUCUCCACAUCUCUGGGCGAGGUCGCGCUGCAGCCCAGCACGGGCGGAACCUUUGUGGUGGAGAUCUUCCACCAGGUCCCAUCGUCAUCGCCUUCAGCAGCCUCAACCGUGCAGAACCGCAUCCUCUGGGACCGCAAGGCGGACGGUGGGUUCCCUGAGACGAAGGAGCUGAAGCGUAGGGUGAGGGACGUGAUCGAGCCUGGACGUGACUUGGGACACGUUGACAGGCAUGGAGGGACGAAAGGAGCGGCGGCGGAGGCCUGCGAGGACUGUAGCUGA